AUGUGGAUAUGCCCAACGUUCCAGAUGGGCACUUGGAGCAGACACACCCGGUUCGCGAAAGGUUUGCGGAACAACUUCAAGACGGACGAAAUCCCAUUGGAGGAAACUCGUAAAGCGCGAGCGGCGUACUACGCCUGUUGUGAAUUCCUUGACGAGACCAUCGGAGAUCUGCUCACUCUUUUAGAACGGGACGGUUUAUUGGAUAACACCAUCAUCGUUUAUACGACCGAUCACGGUGAAAUGGCAGGCGAACACGGACAAUGGUGGAAAUCAAGUUACUAUGAAGCAGCCGCACGGGUGCCUUUAAUCGUAUGGGAUAGGCAUCUGUCGCAAUCACAUGGAGAGCGAGUGACUGCCCCUGUCGAGUUGAAUGAUCUCUUCCCAACGCUAUGUGCCAGAGCUGAUAUUCCUAUUCCCGAAGAUUUAGAUGGCGCAGAUCUGACGAAUCUUAUGUUGGGUAACACUGAAGGGUGGCGGAACACCGCAAUCACCGAAUACUGGUCAAACCAGACCACGGGACCCAUGCGCAUGCUCCGAAACCCUCGCUAUAAAUAUGUUGCCUUCCCUGAAGAUGAAUCCAUUCUCUUCGAUUUAGAAACAGACCCGAAUGAAUUUGAGAAUCUCGCAGGUCAGGCGGCGUCCCAAGAACUGGAAGCGUCCCUACAUGAACAGCUCAUGGACGGAUUCUCAUGGGAGUCUGUUAGACAACAAAUAGCCUCAGAUAGAGAGCGAAGCCGAGAUUUCAAAGAGCCGUGGGGUAAAGGCACCCCGAACCAGUACACACUACCUGAUGGGCGCGUUGUUGAUGCGGAAACCUGUCUCUAUCGUCCUUCAGUGAGAGAUGAAGGCUGA